GCUAUAGGGCGCAUCCUGCACUCCAUGCGGAGUGCCUUUACCGGAUGUGCUACUUGGGAGCCCAAUAGUGGAUGAUCUUAACCCUUUAACAUAGACUGCUGAAACUCAAGUUCUUGUUGAACAGCACUAAAGUAAGCUGUUCACAAUAUCGAUAAAGGGUUAACUGUUGAUUCUUGGUAAGACAACCCUCCAGCUACAACAACAGGGACACUAUUAAUCUGCAAUGCAAGCUGUUCUAGCAGCAGCAGGCAAUCAGCUUGCUGUCUGUGAUGCUGACAAAUGAGGGGAUGUUAAUUCUUGGCAGCAGGGUGACAAAUCAAAGCAAUGCAGCAGGUGCUGGAUAACCUGAAUGAGCUGCCCACAACCACAGGGGCGAAGGAAAUAGACCUCAUUUUUCUCAGAGGCAUAAUGGAAAGCCCUAUCGUCAGAUCUCUUGCCAAGGCUCACCAAAGGCUAGAAGAUGUCAAACUGGAGGCGGUGCGUGACAAUAACAUGGAGCUUGUGGCUGAAAUUCUGGAUGACAUAAUCCCUUUAACAAGUAAAGACAACAGCGCUGCAGAGCUGGCACGCAUCCUGAAAGAGCCACACUUUCAGUCACUUUUGGAGGCCCAUGACAUGGUUGCAUCGAAAUGUUAUGAAGCACCUCCUUCUGGUUCUGAAAUAAAAAAUAAUGAGGUGGCAGCUAACAGCCAACAAAUAAUACCAGCUGAUUCUGUGCGAAUGAUCGGCAUUCGGAAAAAAGCAGGCGAGCCAUUGGGUGUGACGUUCCGAGUGGAGAACAGUGACCUGGUAAUCGCUCGAAUUCUUCAUGGAGGCAUGAUUGAUCGCCAGGGCCUGCUGCACGUGGGAGAUGUCAUUAAGGAGCUGAACGGACGUGGCGUGGGAAACAAUCCCAAGGAGUUGCAAGAAAUGUUAAAAAACAGCAGUGGUGGGAUAACCCUGAACAUCCUGCCAAGCUACAAGGACUCUCCUGCACCUCAGCAAGUUUAUGUAAAAUCCCAGUUUGACUACAAUCCAGCCAUUGACAAUCUCAUUCCUUGCAAAGAAGCAGGACUGAAGUUUGCAAGAGGGGACAUUAUGCAAAUCAUGAACAGGGAAGACUGUAACUGGUGGCAGGCUUGUCAUGUUAGAGGAGGGAUCACUGGACUUAUUCCAAGUCAGUUUCUUGAAGAAAAGCGGAAAGCAUUUGUCAGAAGAGACUGGGAUGACUCAGGAGUACUAUGUGGAACGAUCAGUGGUAAAAAGAAAAAAAAGAUGAUGUAUCUUACAGCAAGAAAUGCAGAAUUUGAUCGUCACGAGCUCCAGAUCUAUGAAGAAGUAGCCAGAAUGCCACCUUUUCAGAGGAAGACUUUGGUGUUGAUUGGAGCCCAAGGUGUGGGGCGAAGAAGUCUGAAGAACAGACUUAUAGUAUUCAAUCCUACAAGAUUCGGAACGACAAUCCCAUUCACUUCUAGAAGACCAAGAGACGAUGAAAAGGAUGGUCAGGCAUACAGGUUUGUGUCCCGGCUGGAAAUGGAAGCAGAUAUUAAAGCCAGCAGGUACUUGGAACACGGAGAGUAUGAAGGGAAUCUGUAUGGAACUAAAAUAGACUCCAUACAUGAAGUUGUUGAUACUGGAAGGACGUGCAUUCUGGAUGUGAACCCACAGGCACUGAAGGUUCUGAAGACCUCUGAAUUCAUGCCAUAUGUCGUAUUCAUUGCUGCUCCAGAACUAGAGACACUACGUGCAAUGCACAAAGCUGUGGUGGAUGCUGGAAUUACAUCCAAGCUUCUGACGGACACGGACUUGAAAAAGACAGUAGAUGAAAGUGCACGGAUUAAGCGAGCGUACAACCAUUAUUUUGACCUGACCAUAGUAAAUGACAAUCUUGACAAAGCCUUUGAAAAGCUACAAGCUGCUGUAGACAAACUGUGUGUGGAACCACAGUGGGUUCCUGUCAGCUGGGUGUACUGAACAUUUUUACUUUUUAUAUACAAAUUUAAGGGAAAGUGUGCUUAUAAUUUAUUUUAAUUUUAUAACUUUUUACAGAAGAUCUUUCUAUUCAUAUCAACUUGAAAUAAGCUGAAAACAGAACUGGAUGUGGGGGUUUUGGUUUUGUACUAUGUCUAUUCACCUGAUGUAAUUUUCUGGGGUCCAUCUGAAGCUUACAUUUGUAUUUUUUUUAAAUCUUGCACUAUGAAAUGCAAAAAAAAAAAAAAAAAAAAAAAGGAAAACAAAAAUACUUGAAAGUGUAUACAUUUCUAUUUGUUGAUACAUCCAAAAUGGGCAUGAUCAUGUUUAUACCAAGGCUUUACACUACUAAAAAUGAAUAAUAAUCAAUAAAAUAACACAAUGGUUUAUCAACAGAGAUGUGUUUACAUGCUAGCAAUACCACAGGAAUUGCAAUGCCACUUUUGUCUCCUAGUCAUUUCCUUUAUGUGACAAAGUAACUGUGAAAUGACCGUUUACAGUCUUGUACUUACCUGUUUUCUCAUCCUCAGUAACUGUUACUCAUUCUGGAUGUCCUGUAAAGUGAAAUUUGUAAUAAUCCUGUUGUGCCCUAAAGCUGCUUUGUAAUUUAUUCCUGACGUUGCUUUUAAAAGAUACAUCUGAGCAAUAUGGAACAUGAAUAAGUAGUUUAACUAAAUUUCCAGAAAUAUGAAAUAUAUAUACACAGAUGUGCUUGCGUGUGUGUGUUUACAUAUAUA